AUGCAAAAAAUGGGACUAACUUUUCUGAUCAUGCAAAAAAAUUAAAAUUUAUCUAGAAAUUAAGUAAUAGAGGAUUUAUCCCAACUUAAAUCUGAAUUGGUAAUCUCUAAAAUUAAGGCUAAUUAAAAAUGCCAAAACUCUUAAAUAAUUUUGAUAUUUAAGAUUUUCGAGGCUUUUAUAAAUAAUAAAAAAGGCUACUAUUUACAAAAGGAAUAAUUACAAAAAACAAAAUAAGAAUACAACCUAUUAAAAAUCAAGAUGUCAAGAAGAUUUUAUUACUAAUAUUUAAGCUUAACUAGAAAAUAGCAAAUAGAAGUUUUUCAAGACAAUAAGGAACUCAGUAAUUCUGCGCUAACAAAGGAAAGCUGGAGGAAUUUUUACUGUUAUUUGGAUUAAAAUGAUAAUAUUCGAACAGGUUAAGAUUCCUUUACUAAAUGCAUAUCAAUAUUAAGUAUCCUAUCAUAAUAAGAAGCUUAUAGACCAAUCCCUAUUCCAUAGCUUCCUGAAGAAGUUAAAGAAUUGUAAAAAUAGAUGGCUUUCAAUAAAGCAAUUUCAUUUGAUGGCAUACCACAUUCUUUGUGAAACACUACCAUUGGAGAAUCCUAAAGGACAUAUGGAAUGAGGGAACUUUUCAAAUAAACCUAAAAUUUGGGUGGGCGAGACUACCUCCUUUAAAUAAAGCACACCCAGCCAUUCCCAGGAUUGAAUAAUUCCAUCCUCUAAUAAUACUCAGUCCACUAUCCGAGUUUUUGAACUUCGAUUCAAAUAAAAGCUGCAAUUAAUUUGAAAAAAUGUAAUUUUAAAAACAAUAAACUGGUGUUAUUAAUGGUUUAGGAACACAAGUCAAUAUAUAUUUAGUUAAUAAAUGGAUGAAAGAAUACAAAGGGAAAGAUAUGGAGUAUUUAAUAUUUAUGGAUUUCUCAAGUGCUUAUAACAAAAUCAGUAGGGAAAUGAUCUAUAAAAACCUAGAGGAAAAAAAGAUUUUAACUCAAUAAGAAGUUAAAUUGUUAUAGGCUAUACAUAGUAGAAUCCCUUAUAUUAACACUUAUGAAAUAAAAUUCAAGGUUUACUUUAGGCAUGGAGUGCACCGAUUUCUUCAUCCUUAUUUAAAAUAUACAUGGAUGAAUUUCUAAAGAGGCUAUGUCGAAAGAUUGAUUUUAAAAUCAACUUUUUAGGAUAUGCAAAUCACAUUAUUUUUUAUCUAGAUAAAGCACUCAGUUAAAUGGAACUUGAAAGUAAAUAAAAGGAAAUGCGGCAUCUUACCAAUAAAUCAUAAUAUCUAAAAGGAUAACAUCAUAAACUACCCUGUUAUAAAUAAUUAUAGAAACCUUUGA